AUGCAAACAGAUUUAGAUCUUGAUAAUUAUGAUAAAAUUGAACGUAUCGAUAAUAUUGUAUCAGAAAUUCAUGAGAUGAGAGUUGUUAAAGAAAUUGUUCCAAAUAUAGAUGAACAUAUAGAAAAAAUUACUUCUCAAUAUAGAAAUGAAAUAGAUAAUGUAUUUACUAUUAUUAAAGAUACAUUUGAUUUUGAGAAAUGGAAAAAACAAAAAGAUUCCAUUUUAGAUCGAUUUUUAAAAGGCAAAAAGUAUAACGAUAUUUAUGCUACAUCUCAACAUGUAUUUCUUAAUACAACUAAUGAUCGUGGUAGAAAAGUUAUAGAGGAUAUUAAUAAUUUCAAAUAUGAACAUGUUGGUAAUGACAUGAUAACCUUAAAAACAGCAAAUCAAGUAGGACAACAUUUAUUUGCACAAGCUAAACGAGUACUUAAUAUUGGUCUAUAUAAUUUAAUGGAAGAAACAAAAAUUCAAACGAUUAUGCUUGGAAAUACUAUUGAAAUUCAAGAAAUUAGAUCGAUCGUAGAAAAUUUGAGACGAAUACAAAAUGCAACAAUAGAUCUUUGUAUUAAUGAAGUUAAAAAAUUAAUCGAAGGACGAAUAAAACUCUUUUUAGUAAGUGUUAAUGAUCUCAUUAAAAUUAACAAUUUCUAUGAAGCAGAUGAAAAAAUAAAAUCCAUUACAUUAGUCAGUAAUUUAUUAGGUACAUUUGGUACACAAUAUAUAUUUGAACAGAUUGAAGAACUAAAUAAAAAUCUAGAUAUAGUCGUAUCGAAUGUUGUAGUGAAAAAAUAUGCCGAAAUGGAUAUGAAUGAAUAUACGUUAAAUCCAUCAAAAGAUAUAUUUGAUAAACUUGGAAAAGUUAGCGAUAUCAAUCCUAGAUAUGCUAAACCUUUAGAUGAAAUAAGAAGAAGUAUUUUGACUAAAUUUAGAAUAGAAUUAGAUGAAACUAAAAAAAAACAACCACCAAAUUCUGAUAAUAUUCAUAUAAGAAAGUUUGAUUCAGGUGUUAAAUAUUUACCAGAAGAUAUGCAAGAAACUCUUAAAAAAGAUUUACAACAUUGUAUAGUUGAAAUUAAUAAAAAUAUUGAAAAACAUAAUAGUGAUUUAAAGGCAGCAUGUGAUAGUAGAGAUCUUAAACGUAUUAAAAAAGUUAUUGAAGAUUAUCAAAAGUUCGAAGGUAUGCAAUAUUAUGCAAAUAAAGAUCGAGAAUAUAGUAAAUUAAUUAAUGAAGAUAAAAAUGAAAUUGGAAAACAUCGAGAUGAACGUUAUAAAAAAUUUAAUGAAAAAUUUCCAAUUUUAAACAAAGCUAAAGUAUUAAUAGACAUUGUUUCAUAUGUUGAAAAUAUUUUAAAUCGUUUUUCAACAAAUAUUCAUUUAAUACGAAAGGAUUAUACUGAAUUUAAUAUAUGUUAUCUUAAUUUUUUAUCAUUUCGACAAGAAAUGACAUCAAUAGAAUAUGAAAUAAAAGAUAAAAUAGGUAGAAUUGAAAAAAUUGAAAUUUGGGCACGUUCAGCUGAACAUGAUUUAACAAUUGAAAAUGUUACUUCAAUGUUAAUAAAUAUGAACCGUACUUCAAUGGAUAUGCCUUCAUUUAAGACUAAAAUAAAUGAACGUAUAGAUGAAUUACUUAAUUAUUAUAAAACUAUAACAAAUGAUAAUAUGGUUUUUACAAAGUUAGGUACACUUUUAAAUCAAGAUAAAACUGAAAAACGAUAUGAACAGUUUAAUAAAAUUUAUCAAGAAUUAAUUCAACAAAAUCUAAAAUCUAAUAUGAAAUUAGAUAAAUUAAUAGAAACUAUUAAACUAAUAGAAGAAAAUAGAAAACAGGAACCAAAUGAAAUAGAAUGGGAUGCAGAUAUACGAAGAAAAGUUCCAGAAUUAGCAGCACAUAUUUUUGCUUUAUGGACACUUAAAAAUGUAGAACAUUAUUUUGAAGCUGACGGUUUAUUAAAUUAUAUAUAUUAUGGUACAUUCAAUAAACUAUGUGAAGAUAUCAUUAAUGACAAUGGUGAUAUUCGUCAAGUAGUUGAACAAAUAAUUUCUAAAGAUUCUAAUAUAGGAAUGAAAAAUAUUCAAAAUAUAAAACGUGCUAAAAUAUUAUUAAUUGAUGAAGUUGAUAUUUUUUUUAGUCAAGAUUUUUAUGGUAAUGUUUAUACACCAACAGCUACUUUACGAGAUCUUAUUAUAACAUCAUUAGUUCAUUUGAUUUGGAAAGAAAGAAAAUAUAAAUUAAAACUUCAUAGAUUAAAAACUACAAAUGAAUAUAAUGAAUGUUGUAAUAAAUAUUCUAAUUGGAAAUUAUUAUUUGAAGAAGUUAUGAAAGAUAUGCUUUUUGAUGUUAAUAAUUUUGAAUCACAUGGUUAUAUUGUUAAUCGUGAUAAAAUAGGAUAUAUAGAACAGGAUAAUAUUGUCUAUAAUGUUGCUUAUGGUUAUAAAACUCUAUUUGCUUAUUUUUAUGAAUAUGAAAAAUGA